AGACUCAAGGGCUCAAGACAUAGCACGCCACCUGUUCCAUGGACAGAUACUAUUUGCGCAAUGGGCUGAGGGUGCUGCCAGUGGUCUGCAGCAAUGCUGAGAAGCAUGGAAAUGGGGAAUGCAGUGUUUGCAAGAUGCCUGAGAUCGUUCACCAGUUCAUUCAGAAGUUUGGUGCAGCACAUGCGUUUUUGAAGACGCGAAGUCAAACGUGGGAUGAACGGUGGAAAGAACGUGCAGCACAUGAGAGUGAAACCAAUGAGAACGACCACCACUUCUUAGAGUUGGCUGCACGGCGGCGAGGGUUGUUGGCUGAGGGUUGGUACCAUCCAGGACUAGAAGAGGAAUACGACUCUGCUUACGGAAAUUGUGACCGAAGCUGGUAUCAAUGUUGCGGCCAGCAGAUCUCCCACUCACAAUGGACUCAUCCAGAAUGCAUGAGACAGCGGCUCGUUCCCGCUCGUCCGUGCACACAGAAGGAGAGGAUCGCUGAGACACAGGUGGAGAGUCUUCUCCAAGAACUCAGCGAGAUCGAAGAGCAGAUGGAGGAGACCAUGCUUCAUUUGCGAAGCUUCGGGGCAUACCCAGUCCUUUUGCACAGCGUGCAACUGCUACCUCUGUGGACAAUUUGGGCACGACUCCAGAAACUGCGCCAGCUCUGCGGGCUGGAUCUGCGGCCACUGCACUUCUUCCAACUUUGAAAGGCGCAGCCAGUGCUUCAAAUGCCAACAGCCACGUCCGACUGGAACGUGCUCAUCUGCCCGGCCCGGUGACUGGUUUUGCACAUGUGGCACCCAGAACUUUGCACGGCGUGCCGCGUGCUUCCGCUGUGGAAGCCCAAGGGCUGCAGACUCAGCGGAGGAA